AUGGCCAGAGCCCGGGCCGCUCCCCGACCUCCAACCGCCAGAGCGAUCACAGCCGCCCCCCGCACGGGGGGGCCUGGGGUGGCCAAGAACGGUCCCAGCAGUUUAGGUUUCCGUGGACAGCCCGAGGGCGGCGAAUCCCGAGCGGACACAAAGAGAGCACCGGCGGCGGCUUUGAUCUCGGGGGCGCAGGCUCCGCAUCCGCGGCGUCGGGCGGCCUCUCAGUCCUCGGGCCGGGCCAGCGCCCCGGCCGCCGGCGCCGGGCUCGGGCUCGGGCAGGACGUCGAGGCUCUCCAGAUGGAACGUCGAGGCGCCUCCCCAGCGGCCCGGAAGGAGCGCCGCGCCGCCCCGCGCCGGCCCGGAGGGCACGGGAGCCCCUCGCCGGAGCGCCGAGCCCCUCUCCCCGCCGCCCGGGCCGGCGCCCCGGGGCCGCGCGAGCUACGGCGACGCGGGGCCGGCGGGGCCGCGGGGCUGGACCUGACACACACCCAGCGACCCCGAGCGCUCGCCCUCGGCGGCUCCGAGCCCUCCACCCUCGGCUCCCCCCCGGGGAAGGGAGGAGGGUAG